GUUAUGUGGGAAAGGGGUGGGAGGACCGGACAAGCGCCAGAAGCCUCCGCGAACUUUCUUUCGAUAUCGCUAAAUUCGGUUAUCCUUGCUCUCUGCAGCCUGCAGCCAUACGGGAAAGAGGCAACGAAAAGUUUUCUUACCUGGAGCAAAAAGGUCUCUUCGUUCUUGCUGGGAGCAAAAGCUCCCUCCACCAUGGCUUCCACUGAAAAGCCUUCUGACAUUAUACAGGAGGCCAGGAGGAAGCUGACCGAAGCUCUCCUUCAAAUAGAGCCAGACUUGAUCCUGGAUGUGGUGGACUCCCACCGGCUCCUUAGUCAGAGCGAGUACUUCUCCUUGAGCAGCAUGAAGGAUCCACACAGGUUGCUGCAAAACCUGAUUGACACAGUGCUGAGAAAGGGAGAGACUGCACAUGAACUGUUCCUAGACUGCCUGCAAAACCUGAGGCAUGUCUUCCCCAGUUUGUGCCCACUCUCUGAAUAUUUGGAAAAUGGUCCUGUAGAUCUCAAGCAUGAAACUGAAAUCCCAAAUACUGCAGGUUUGCUGAUAAGUCAGACAGAGAAGUUGGGUGUAGCCGUGUCCCCAGUGGAGGGCAAUGAAGCUGAAAGUCUGGAUUCUUCUGUGUCCUCAGCGGCAGGAAAGGAAAAAGUUGAGAAGACAGGAGCUGUUCUAGUGCCUUCAGGAACAGGAAGUGAAGCUGAGAACCCAGACAUUGUUCUGUCCUCCACCCAGGGAAAAGAAGGGAAGAAUCAGGAUGCCACUGAGGGUGGAGAUGGAACGGAGAAACCAGGUGUGUCUACUGUGUGCCCAGAGAGAGCUACAAAACAGUUCUCCUUAUCAACAAAAGAGAAUUCUGCCAGGCUGCUGUGCACAACAAACACACCUGGGUCAACACCAGCUGAAGAGAGCCCCUGUUCAGCGGAGCAGAACCUGAAAGGAGCCAUUUCACCUGGACCUUCCCCUCAAGGCUCAGUGGAUACAUCAAUGAUACCUGCUAGUGAGACGAUACGCAAAGGGAGAAAACAGUUGAUUGAAAUCCUUGAGAAGGACUUGGAUCUUGUUUUGGAUGAAUUAUUCUCUGAAUGUGUCAUCACAGAGGAAGAAAAUGAGGCCUUAAACAAAAUUGAGGAGGAUUCCAAGAAAAGUCGAAAAUUGCUUCUUCUGAUACAGAAAAAGGGGGAAAUGGCCUGCUCCCGGUUCCUGGAACAUUUAGAAAUUACAUGUCCAGGUUCAAAUCAAGUUCUGCAACGUUGUUCAAGUCCAGAGCAAAAAGUUGAAGUCCAGCAAGAACUGGAGCAAGUGGAGAAACACCCUACCAAAGGUUGUUCAAGUCCGGAGCAAAAAGGUGAAGUCCAGCAAGAACUGGAGCAAGAGGAGAAACACCCUGCCAAAGAGAGAAGAAAAGCACUUAAGGACAUUCUCAGGAAACUAAAGCUACAGAAGAAAAAAAGCAAAAAAUUCUCCCUGCAAGAAAUCCUAGAAAUUAGUUCAGGGAGUCUCAAGGAGUGCAUCCCUAGUUCCAUGGGAGACUUGCCGUGGCAUUUUCUGAGGAAGGUCUUGGCUCUGAAUGUCACAGCCAGGAGCACAAGCCUUGAGAAGGAGGCUUUUGAUCCUCAGAGAACAAGAGAAGAAGAGAAGGGUAAUAGGAUUGAUGAGAGUGCUUUCUGUACUGUCAGGAUGGGUGAGAGAGAUUCUGUGAACCCCCUCGAUGUCCUUUGUGCUGUUCUGCUGUGUUCUGACAGUUUCCUCCAGCAGGAGAUCCUUUCCAAAAUGUCCAUGUGCCAGUUUGCUUUGCCUUUACUUCUGCCUCCUCUAGAGGUAUCCCAUUGCACCCUGAUGCUGUGGGCCAUGAGAGAAAUCGUGAAAAAAUGGAGGCCCCAUUCCCUGGUUGACAGCAGGGGCUUUAGAGAGGAGAGCCUGGUGCUCAUGUCCAUGCCGACCUUCUCUUUUGUGCGGAUGGGAAGUCUGAGUCUUUCCAAGUCCAAACUCCUGAACGAGUUCCUCAGUCCUUCCCAGCAGCACCAUGAUUUCUUUCUACACCGAGACAUGGAAUGUGGGAACAUCCCUCGAGAAAUGGCUGAUGGGCUAGUAGAGAUUGCCUGGUAUUUCCCUGGAGGGCAGAAGAGCUUGGACCUUUUCCCAGAGCCCAUUGCAGUCGCUAACCUCCAUGGAGAUGUUGAGUCACACUGGGUGCAGUUCAGCUUUUUAUCUGAGAUAUCCUCGGCAAUAUUUAUAUUUGCUGAACAUAUUGGGGAAAGAGAAUAUGCCCUCUUAUCAUCUCUGAAGGAAUCAUCAACAAAAUACUACUUUAUCUUGGAGUAUCAUGGUGGAAAAAUCAAUGAAACUUUAAAGGUUUUAAAUAAAUUGGCUCCAGUGCUUAAUCUCAGUAAUUCACAUAUCCUAGCAAAAGAUGGCACAACUAAUACAGCAGAAUUUGUAGAACAGCUACGCUUAAUCACCAGAAGAAUAAUCAACUCUCCUCUGAAGACUGUGAGCAUACAAGAGAUGGCUACUGUGGCCCAUGAACUUACGAUCCAGGUGGAUGAGGACUUAAAAGAAUGUCAGGAUGCUCGCAGUUCUGCUGUGGAAAUCACAAGAGAUGUAAUAGAUACAGCAGUUUACAAAAAAGAGAUGCUGAAACUCCAAGGUGAUCUCUGGAAAAACCUGGCAAAAGUGGAGAAAGAAUUGUGCAGGAUGGAGAGGCAAGGGGAGACGCCCUCUGAAAAAUACAGAUCUGAACAGAGAGACAAACUGAUGGCCCUGCGUGAGCAGCAGAACAAGUGUGAGCUCAGUAUUGGUUUGAUAAAUUUCAUCCAUGGCAUCAAGUGUACACAGUCAGCAGAAAAGCACUACUUCUUAAAAUGGAUGAAGUUCAACCUGGACCAGAUUGCUAGGGCAAAUCUUUCCAAAUUACGGGCUGAGUAUAAAGAGAAAUGCAAGAGUUUAGGCGGUGAAGUCCAGAAGAUAGCAGAGGUAGACCAGCUGAUUUCUUCUUCCUCCUUGGGUGUCGAGCAUUUCAUGAGAGAGCUGGGGCAGUUUUAUGAGGCAGAAUGGUUAAUGGUUAAAGAACGUAAAUUACCUAAAAACGGAAGGCAGUUUACCCAUUUCCCCAGCAUUGCUGCUGACCUGAUGUUAGAAGGGUUUCCUUUAGAGCUGAUUGAUGGAGAUGCUUCCAACAUUCCCCUGCAGUGGAUAACUGAUGUUUUGACUAAGCUCAAUAACAAGCUGAGAAGGCGAUCCAAGAUGUUUGUGAUAACUGUGUUGGGGGUCCAGAGCACUGGGAAGUCCACCCUUCUUAACACCAUGUUUGGACUGCAGUUUGCUGUGAGCAGCGGCCGAUGUACACGAGGGGCCUUCAUGACUCUUCUUAAGGUCCGAGAGAACUUGAUUCAGGAGCUGGGCUGUGAUUUCAUCCUGGUGAUUGACACAGAAGGGCUGAAAGCUCCUGAACUGGCCAAACUGGAAGACAGCUACCAACAUGACAAUGAGCUGGCCACUCUGGUGAUUGGGCUCAGUGAUGUAACGAUAGUGAACAUGUCCAUGGAGAAUGCCACCGAAAUGAAGGACAUCCUGCAAAUUGUGGCUCACGCCUUCCUACGGAUGGAGAAGAUCGGGCAAAGACCUAACUGCCAGUUUGUUCAUCAGAAUGUCAGUGAUGUUUCUGCACAUGACCAAAAUAUGAGGGACAGGAAACACCUCUUGGAACAACUCAACGAAAUGACCCAGGCUGCAGCAAAAAUGGAAAAGAUUGACAGGGAUAUCAAGUUUUCAGACAUCAUGGAUUAUGACCCAGAAAUACAUAACUGGUACAUUCCAGGCCUGUGGCACGGAGUCCCACCUAUGGCUUCAGUCAACCGGGGGUACAGUGAAAAGGUCUUUGAGAUAAAGAAGUACCUGUUUGACUUCUUAAGGGAGCGUUCUGUUAAAAAGAGUCCAAAAGACAUCCCUCAGUUUAUCGAGUGGAUUAAAAGUCUAUGGAAUGCCGUGAAACAUGAGAACUUCAUCUUCAGCUUCCGAAACAGCCUCAUAGCAGAAGCUUAUAACCACCUGUCUGCCAAAUACUCUGAAUGGGACUGGAGCUUUCGCAGAGAGAUGCACCUUUGGGUGUCUGAGCAAGAAACGCUGAUACAGAAUGCAUCUCCUGAUGAGCUUGAUUGCUUGCACUGGCGACAUGAGCUUCAACAGAAACUGUUAUGUGGUGAGCAACAGAUUUUGGAAAAUUUGAACAAAUACUUUGAAAGUGGAGCAUCAAAUCUACAUCUAGUAGAGAAGUACAGAGAAGAUUUUGUCAGGAGCGCCAACAGCCUCAAGCAUGAACUUGAUAAUUAUUCUUUUAACAAAUGUAACGAUGCCAUUCACAUUAAAGAGGGACGGUACAAGAUUGAUACUCUUCAAAUGGAAUAUUUGAAAGUAAUUGAAGGGAAAGUUGACAAGCUUCUUGAUGAAUGCAGGAAAGAAGAGCGCAGACUGGAUGAUCAGGAGCUGAAAACAGAGUUUGAAAGAAUGUGGACAGAAACAUUGUCAGAAAUAUCACCCAUUCACUUAGAGAAUCGGCAAAUAUAUCUGGAUAUUGAGUGGUGUUUGAGAAAAGAAUUGUCUCAUCGUGGAAGUUCAGUCAACCUAAAAGUACAAGAAGCAAAAUCUUUGUUAAACUACAGGAUGAACACCUUUCAAAUGAAAUCAGAGUAUAUAAAUUCAUCUAUAUGGCAUAAGGUAAAAUGCAUAUUUUCAAAAAAAGAGCAUUUACGUAGAGCAGAGGAAAUUGUUAACUCAUUGUUGUCCAAAUGCAUUUUGUUCAUUGAUGAAAAGGUCAACUCCAGAGGAGAUUAUGAUGAAACCUAUUGUGUUGAACUUCUACAUAUCAUCAAUCACACACUUCAGCAGAGUGAUGUUCAAAAACUUAAUACAUCACUUUCCUUUGAAGUGGACCUGAAGCUUCACAUUUUAGGAGAAGCUGCUCAUAUCUUCCAGAAAAAGCAUGAAGAUUUCAUUAAGGAAAAUGAUCCUCAGGUACGCCUGGAGAAAUUAAAACCUCAGUAUUUCAGCAUUUUCAGAAAUCAUUAUCUGGAAAGAGAUGCACAACAAAACCGGGCUAAGGAUUUCUGUGACCUGUGCCUCCAUCCUGCCUUGGAGGACUAUGUCAACAAAAGACUCGGGAUAGAGAUAGUGGAUGACAUUCUCAACAGCACACAGUCCAUUGGAUAUGCAAGUCGGAGCUUUUUCCAGUUUACGAUUCUGAAGGAGCUGUUGGAAGACAGAAAUGCCAGCAACUAUGUGCAAUACAACAAAUCCUAUGAAAAGUUUGUGAAGAGUUGGAUCAUGAGACAAAUACUGGAGCACUAUGCAGACAAGCAUUAUUUGAAGAACCUGGAGAAGAACAUUCUCUUCUCAAUAGUAAAGAAAAUUAGGAAAAUCCUAGAGAAUCUGAAACACAAACGUUUUCAGGAAAUUUCAGAAUUUUUAGAAUUUUUUUGCAAAGAAAUGCAGAAGGAACUAGUUAUUUCUAAAGACAGCCUGGUGGGAAUACAGUUUAAAAACAUGUCUGAUCCUGGGCAAUUUUCUGUCUGUGUUGAAAAUUUUCUUCCUGAUUUGGAAAUACAAAUACUAUCUGAGUUUGAUGCCCUGGACCUUGAAUCCAAGCUCUCCAAACUGCCCGUGAAGCCCCAGGACGAGAUCUUCAAACGAGUAUUCGGCUGUGGGAAGCAGUGUCCCUUCUGCAAAGUGCCCUGUGAGGCUGGAGGGAGUGAUCAUAAGGAGCAUUUUGCAGCUAUCCAUCGCCCUGUAGGACUGGGAACAUUUAGAUGGGAAAAAACAGAAAAGCUUGUUUACGAAUUAUGUUCCACUCUUGUGGUUUCCCAGUGCAGAUUCAGAACUGCAGAAACUGAAUGGGAUUACCAUCCAUACAAAGAUUACCGGGUCUAUUAUCCAGAUUGGUGCAUCCAGCCGGAUCCCAGUAUCAAUGCUUCUGAUUACUGGAAGUUUGUUUUUAAAGAAUUCAAUCAUGAAUUUGCAUGUCAUUACGAAGCCAAGCCAGCAGACCUGCCAGAAGACUGGAAAACUAUAACCCAGGAACAGGCAUUGGAGGCUUUAAAGGAAACCUACAAUAUGGAGUAAGCAUCACUACCUUGAAAGAGUUUGGUUUACAGUAAACGGAGUAAGUUUCAUCAGAAUUUGGCAUUAGUGAAACAGUUGUUUAAAAUUUCUGUAAUUUCUCUAUGAAAAUCCAGUGCUGUUUUCAACUGCCGUGAAAUGAUUCCACACAUUAUUCCAAGGUUACACAUCCAUGUUGGCAAAAAACCCAUUUAUUUAAAUGUCAAAUGAUAAAAAUGUCAUACACUAAAUCAGAGGUAGGCCAGUACCCAAAAACCCUGCCUAGUUCUUCAGAGUGAUGACUGUGCUCUGGUGAAGACUGGAUAAGGGAAAUGAAGCACCUCUCCAUUGGUAGCUGGUUUUGUUGCUCCUGAGACAACAUGUGGAGAAAGAAUACGGACUUUCUCAUACAAGCAAAAACUGAAGCAUUCUGCAAAAUUUGCAGCCUUUUCUUGGACAACACAGAAAAUGCUUCUAAGAUGGAUGCCCUUGAAAAACACUCAGUCUUAAAAUAAUGUUGGUGUGCAUAGAAGGCUUUUCCCAACGUCAAAUUUUGAGCCCCUUCCUGGGGAAUGCUUUCAGAACAGCUGACCUAUACUUCCCCACUCCCUGUGAGAGCUUUUCUGUUUCCUAUUCCCUUUCUCCCCUUUUCCCCAUUCUUUGUCUUUCUUUCUGAGAUCUAUACAUAGUUAGCUAGUUUUCCUCAACAGCAACUGCACUGUGUUAGCAAACCUGCUUGGAGUUAGAAAAAGCAGCUUGUGACAGCAGCAAUUCAUGUGUGUGCAAGUUCAUGCAUUUUCUUGAAGUUAGUUGGAAUUUUUUUACACUUUUUGUUAAUUGUUAAAAUAAUGUUUUAAUUACUGGUGUGUAUACAAGAAAACCAGGUAUACAGGGGGGAUCAUUGUAAAAGCUGGACUCUUAUCAAUUGUUGCAUGUACUGACUGUAUUCUCUUUUCAUAUGCUACAGCAAUUAUUUGUCUUCAAAAAUAAGUUACUGUAUAUGAAGAUGCACCAAGUUGGAAUGUAUUGUUUUACUACGUGAUGCAAUGGAUUAAAGUGAAGAAAGUUAAUAAAUGGAAUUAUUGAAAA